AUGACACACGCAGCAGCUGCUCCCGAUGGCGUACCAACUGAGGAAGCCGGCGACAUCCAGUUUGCAGUCUUCUCUGCCGAUAACGAAGCUGCUAUUCACCUUUUAGAGACCGUCGAAUGCAAAGCAUCACCCCCUACCCUCAAGAGCGACGAAAACGCAAUCGGCUAUCAACUAUCGCUACCCUUGUCGUGCGACAGCUUCGACUCUGGACGCUUCAGAUGGCGUAUUGGCGCCGGGCCGUCUCCCGCACUGAUUGAGAAAGGGUUGUGUCACUGCAAGCCGGACAUCCUUCUGUGCCCCCCAGGCAGAACGCCCAGCUCGGCGGCAGUCCGUCGAUUCGUCAAAGACAUUCACGCCACCAUUCAUAUUCAUCCGCGAUCGGGCGUUCUAUUGCUCAAGACGCACUCUAGCCGGCCUAUUGUCUACGAACAAGGCGACGUGGACGAUGGCGAUUUGAUCUUGGAUGCGUCAGCAAGGAGGAACACAUGCGUUUUGCGGCGAGAGCGGAACUAUCUUCGCUUCGGCCGAUACCGUUUUGUUCUCGAAUUUGUCGCCAGUGACCAAAGUCGCAAAAGCUUGGAUUCACAGCUUGACGAAAAUCUCGGCUGCUGUUACAGCGGCCUUCGUCCUUCACAGCUCCUGAGCUUUAUACCAAUGUCACAAUCUGAGACUUCAUGGAAUGUAUGGCUUCAUCAAAAAAUUCCAAAUUCUUCGAUAAUAUCUGGCAUUGAUAUCUACACGGGCUGGCCAGUUGCUGUUAAACAAUUAGAGACUAGGGCGAAAGGGCGACAGCAUAUGCGACGCCGGCUACAGAUUGCCAGUCAGUAUAAGGAUAAACUGCAUAAAGGCGUCCUGGGUGUUAUUGAUGUCUGGUGCAGGCACAAGUCAUCCUCACCAUGCCUUUUUAGUAGGCGGAGCGAAGCCGUGGAUUACUGUCGCCACACUUUCUACUCCGUGUCCCUAGCCGAGCACGAUUUUCUCAACAUGCCAUGGGCCAAGAUCGAUAUCAACACUCGCCUUCUUUAUCUCUUUCAGACUUUGGAAGGGCUAUCCGAGAUACAUCGGCAACAUAUUACCCACGGGAAUAUUUUACCCGAAUCGUUGCUGAUACUGGCAGACGCGAAAGGCGAACCACUGCCAGGUGUUAACGCGCUGCCAAAAAGGGCGGCUAUUUCUCUUUAUAUACAACCGCUUGGAAAGAAGCCAAUUGCAAGUGUAUGCGUUGCUCCAGAAGUUUGGAAAUCCAAGGAGAAUUUGGAUCAGUACAAAGCUGACAUCUGGUCACUUGCUGCCUCAUGGCUGUUUGCUUUCGUACGACCACCAAGCGGUAUCAGAAUUACCAAAGAGUCUUAUCACACUCUGCAGAAGACAUUAGAUAGCCAGAGCGAAAAGGGCUUUAUACAAGGCCCGUUUGCAACUCUUUUACGCCAAAUGCUGGCCUGGGAUCCGAAGGACCGACCAAGCGCCGAGGAAGCACUUGCAAAUAAAGCAUGGGUGCCUGUGCUGGCACAUGGGCAGUCAGUCACGGAUGACAGAAAGCGAAAGAGAAUAGAGCAGAGGCAGAUGCCAUCUACUCAAGCCAGGAGAGCUAGAGUACUUUCACCCGACGUGAAUGAUUGA